GUUGCUGCUGAAAGAAGGUGGCGAAGGAGGAGCCGGAGUAGCUGCUGCCAGCCGGCGGGCACCAGAGUCCUGCCCGCUGCCGCACGAGUAGCCACGGGCGCGAUCGGGGCCAGAAGUCUCCUCCUCCAUGAUCCCUUUGGGAGCCGGGGGAAGACUUUGCCCGGCCGUGAGAGCUGGUCUGCGUUUCCCAGGCGCGGCGGCGGCGGAGCAGCGGCAGCAGCCGGGUCCGAAGCGGAGCGGCCACGGACCGGGGCGUGUGCGCCCCGCUCGGAGGGUGCUCGGGUUCCCCACGGAAUGUCCCCGUGGCGCCCUGCGCGCUGACCCCCCAGCCGCCUCCGCCGUCGGCGCCUGCUGCCUCUCUCGGGCGGGCUCGGUGUUCGGGACUGCAAGCUUCCCCGCUCCUGGGCAGUGGGGAAGCCCCCGGGGGCGGGUGACCUCCGCUGGCCGGGACCCAGCCCUCCCCCGUGCGUAUCUCGCUUAAGAUGGCAGCGGAGUCAGGGGAACUAAUCGGGGCUUGCGAGUUCAUGAAAGAUCGGUUAUAUUUUGCUACUUUAAGGAAUAGACCAAAAAGCACAGUAAAUACCCACUAUUUCUCCAUCGAUGAGGAGCUGGUCUAUGAAAAUUUCUAUGCAGAUUUUGGACCUCUGAACUUGGCAAUGGUGUACAGAUACUGCUGUAAACUAAACAAGAAACUAAAACCAAAGAAAAUUUUCAAAAAUAUUCCUUUCCUGGGGAAGUUGGAGUCAUACAGUUUAUCACGAAAGAAAAUUGUGCACUACACCUGUUUUGACCAACGGAAAAGAGCAAAUGCAGCAUUUUUGAUCGGUGCUUAUGCCGUAAUCUAUUUAAAGAAGACACCAGAAGAAGCCUACAGAGCACUCCUAUCUGGCUCAAAUCCCCCCUAUCUUCCAUUCAGGGAUGCUUCCUUUGGAAAUUGCACUUACAAUCUCACCAUCCUCGACUGUUUGCAGGGAAUCAGAAAGGGAUUACAACAUGGAUUUUUUGACUUUGAGACAUUUGAUGUGGAUGAAUAUGAACAUUAUGAGCGAGUUGAAAAUGGUGACUUCAACUGGAUUGUUCCAGGAAAAUUUUUAGCAUUUAGUGGACCACAUCCAAAAAGCAAAAUUGAAAAUGGUUAUCCUCUUCACGCCCCCGAAGCCUACUUUCCUUAUUUCAAAAAGCAUAACGUGACUGCAAUCGUGAGGCUGAACAAGAAGAUUUACGAGGCGAAGCGCUUCACCGAUGCGGGCUUCGAGCACUACGACCUCUUCUUCAUCGAUGGCAGCACACCCAGCGACAACAUCGUGCGAAGGUUCCUGAAUAUCUGCGAGAACACGGAGGGGGCGAUCGCGGUUCACUGCAAAGCUGGUCUUGGAAGAACAGGGACCUUGAUAGCCUGUUAUGUCAUGAAACACUACAGGUUUACACACGCAGAAAUAAUUGCUUGGAUCAGAAUAUGCCGGCCCGGCUCUAUUAUAGGACCCCAGCAGCACUUCCUGGAAGAAAAACAGGCAUCGUUAUGGGUCCAAGGAGACAUUUUCCGAUCCAAACUGAAAAAUAGACCAUCCAGUGAAGGAAGUAUUAAUAAAAUUCUUUCUAGCUUGGAUGAUAUGUCUAUUGGUGGAAACUUAUCUAAAAUACAAAACUUGGAGAGAUUUGGAGAGAAUAAUUUAGAAGAGGAUGAAGAUGUGGAAAUGAAAAAUAAUAUAACCCAGGGAGACAAACUACGUGCCUUAAAAAGUCAGAGACAGCCACGCUCCUCACCAUCUUGUGCAUUUAGGUUGGAGGAUAUGAAAGGGCAUCCAAGAGCAGUGUCCCAGCCUUCCAGAUUGAGUUCUUCCCCACAAGGAUCUGCAUCUGGCUUGAAGACCUCAAAAGUGGCUUUGUCCCCUUCGGUGAUGGCCAAGAGGAUAAACAGAGGCUCCUUGUCCUCAGGCACCAGUGUAAGAAGCUUUUCCAUAAACUCCCGGCUAGCCAGUUCUCUAGGGAACUUGAACGCUGCAGCAGACGAUCCAGAGAACAAAAAGACUGCCUCACCCUCCAAGGUGGGUUUCGUAGCCAACCCGUUCACCAGCCUCUUGAAUGGCAGCUCCCAGCCGCCUGCCAGAAAUUACCCUGAGCUCAACAACAACCAGUACAGCAGAAGCAACGGCAGUAGCGGGAGUGCCCUGAACAGUCAGCCGGGCCCUCACAGCGCCAAGACUGAGGAGCACACCACCGCCCUGAGGCCCUCCUACACCGGCCUUUCUUCUUCCUCAGCGAGAUUCCUGAGCCGAUCAAUCCCCUCCCUUCAGUCUGAAUAUGUUCAUUACUAAGGCCUUGCCACUCCGGUGAAAGCUGUUCUACUCUUAGACACAAUUGCUUCAUCUGGACGAGCAAUGUAGAGAGAAAGCAGCUGCUUUUGCCAGAAGAAUAUCUCUGCCUUCUUACCUUAAAUUAAAGAGAGCACUAAGAUAAGACCUUCAUGAGACUUGAAACCAGAAAACUCUGGUUAAUGACUACUAUAAAUGCACUGAAACUAUGUUUAUGAAGAUGUCAACCCUUUUUAAGACAGUUUUCAUGUUGAAUUUGGUAUUUUGAAAGGUUAUUUUUUAAUGUAUUUCGUAAUACAUUUGUUAUUACAUUUACAUGUACAGUGUUACGUGAUGUAUGUAUUGUGAACUUCAAAAGACUAUUUUGAUAAAUUUAUAAAUAUAUAAAAUUAUGUAAAAACUAGACUAUAUUUUGACUUAGGUUUUCUUCCUGUUUGCUACCAAAAAUUUGUAUUUUGAAUUUGAUUGGUAUGGUUUUAUCUACAAUGAAUAAAUAAUUCCUCUUUAUUAAGAAAAAGUAAGGGAGAAAGUUUUUAGAAAGUGAUUUUUCUGUUCCCACUAUGAAUAUGGCAGAUCAGUUCAUUCUUUUGGGAAGUCAGUCUAACUUAAGUUUAUCCGAGUUUAUCUCUAGCAAGAGUACAGUCAUUUGAUAUGGCUUAUUUAGACCAUUUCAUUUCCCUUUGUUUUUGUUGCUGAGCCAUUUAGUUUUGCAUCUUUGGGGGUUUUAACAAAAUUUAACAUCCAGUUGAAGAUCAGAAUUCAUCGAAUAUUUCUUCUGAAAGGAUGGUUUUUCUCUAUGAAAUGACUCUACAGUCCAAAUGCUUUUCUUUCCUCCUCUCAAAAGAGUUUGUAACCCAAUUAGAGUAUUCUGGUUUUUGGUACGAGGUUUUUGCCUGUAUUCACACAUGGUCUGGCACCAGUUCUAAAUCAACGAAGAGAAAAAAAAACUGAAAAAGAUGCUGCUAAGUAGUUCAAUGUAUUAAUAAAGGAGAUAAGUUUAAAACAGAUCACAAACCCCUGACACACAAGCUAGCAUAUCUGAAACCUAACAUGAAAAUGAAGGGACUCCUAGGUACUUCACAGCCCUUUCAUGUAAAUGUAAUCUUAUAUUUAGGCUCCAGAAGCCUGUAAGCUUCUUUUCCGUGGGGAGUUGGGGAGUCUUUGAUCCUGAUUGUUUUCCAUGCUGCUUAAGAAUGGACUACUCAGAGACAGUUCAAUGGAUUCAUAUGAAGUGCUUUACUCUCAACCAUUGAGUUAUUUAUCAUAUAUUUAUUAGAAGGGGGUACAUUGAGACUAUUAUACAUGCUUCAUCAAAACAUCUUGUUUAUGUUUUACAUUUUAAAAAAGGCAUUUGAAUGAAUGUUUGACUCAGGUUCGUUAAUUUAACCUUCAAAAACUGCAGUACCAAACAAUUGCACUAAACUGAUGAAAAAAGGAAUUGUAUGUUUUAGGAAUCAAAAAUUAAACUAACUGGAAUUAAACUGUAUACCUUUUCUAAAGCUAAAAUAGUAAAAUAUUUUAUUAUGAGUUAUUGUAAAAAAUGAUUGGUUAAUUGUAUAGGAAAAUGAUAGUAUUUUUUCAAAAUUAUCAGCGAAGAGUAAUUCAGAUGAUAUUUGAGAAGUGGGGGAAAGGGAACCAUAUUGACACUUUUAGUUCUGUGAAUACUAAUUUAUGUGCAGCUACUAAAUGAUUGUAAAAUUGACUACUGUAAAUUUUUCAUAAUUAUGUGUGUAUUUAGUCAUAUGUAUCUACAUGGGUAUGUCUUAAAGUUAUUUAUACACAUGUGCAUACAUAGACAAACCAAGAAGUAUAUGUGUAUAAUAUAGAAAGUAUAUAGCAAAGUGAUUCUACUCCAAUAAUAAAAAUUGUUUGACAUGUAUUUUGUUAUGAAUAGUUUACCUUCAAAAAGAUAUUUUGUUCUAUUUUAAAGUGUAGAAUAAUACACUGCUACUAAAUAAUAAAAGUUUUAUGCAAUUUACAUUCUCCCUGGCUUUUGUAAUUUGGAUUUGGAGUUAUCAAUGUACUGAAGUAUUUUUAUAAUUUUAUAUUUAAUCCACUCUGGUUGGUGCCUUUCGAGCUUCUGAAAUUCUCCGUUGCAGAUUUUUAGUUUAUCUUUUAUAGACUUUCCAGG